GGGAAGCAGGGAGAAGAACUGAGCUGUGAGCUGGAGACUUUCAGUGUGCAGGAACAUCUCUCUGGAGAUCUGACGUGGGGUUCGGCAUCCCAGUUACGCUGAGCAGUCACAGAUCUGACCAUUCGCACGAUGCAGGCCCUGCAGAUUGGCGCCGUGGUUUGUGCUUUCAUCAGCCUUCUGCUGCUCCUCAUUGCCCUGGGCUCAGACUACUGGGUGGCAAAUGCCUUGAGCAACACUGGCCUCUGGAAAGGUUGUUUUUAUUAUGGGGCAAUUUAUACUUGCCGUUCACUUGGGAUGAAUGUGAGAGAUUUCAUCCAUGCUACCCGAGCCUUCAUGUUCUUCGGGUUGGUUGCUGGAGCCGUCUCUUGCAUUGGUCUUUGCAGCACCUUUUUCGGCUUGCAAUGUGGCUCCAUCUCCAAGGCCAAGGCCUCAGCCAUAGCCAGCAUUGUUGCAGCUGGUUGUGUCCUGAUUGCCAUGGCCACCUUCACAGGGUGUAUGGGAACAGAGAUCAGUUAUGGAUGGUCUUUUGGCUUGGGCUGGGCCUCCUUUCCUCUCUUCCUUAUAACUGGUGGGCUGGCUUUCCGCCUGAAUGCUGCUGCAACAGAAUGAGGAAAAGUGUGUUUUACAAUUUCAGAUGAGCUAUGUUGAUGUCACAGACACCGUCUGCACUGGGACAAGUUGGGCCUGGAGGAAAUGACUAUACUUUCGUGAUGCAGCUGAUACAUUAUACAAUAGCAAUGGUGUUAAGGAAUGGCAAAUUCACAGCACAUUGGAAUCCGUUAACUGACUACUGACCUAGGCAACUUUGUGCCCUCCAAAUUUUGUUGUGUUACAAAUUAGGGCUGCCAUAUCUUCAAAACCAGAGAAAAGGACAUUAAAAAAUCAUAAUUGAUAAAUAAUAAUAAUAAUAAUAAUAAUAAUAAUAAUAAUAAUAAAGGGGACGGUAGGCUCUGUGAAACUGCUCAGCUGAGCAGUUAAAGCGCUGGGCUCUGUAAAACUGUUUGGCUGUGGGAGCGCAAUUGCUGCUCCCCACAUCUCAGCAGUUAAAGGAGGCCCCAGCCCGGCACUGGUUUGACUGCAAGCAGUGGGGGGGGGCUGGGGCUGGGGCUGGCUCAGCUGGGGACUGGGAGCUCUCCUGUGUCCCAGCUGAACCACGCAAAGGAGCCCUGAUGCUCCUCCCACUCGGAGGCAUGCUGUUUCCGCUUCCAGGGCGCAACUGUUCAUGCUCCUGGAAGGCAGUUCCCGAGCGCACCUGUGCUUUGUCUAAAACCAAAAAACCCUGGACAUUUUGGCAAUUUUUUUAAAAAUCCCCUGGACGGUGUUUUCACCCUUUAAAUACCAGAUAUGUCCUGCAAAAUCUGGAAAUAUGGCAACCCUAGUUACAACUCCCAUCAUCCUUGUCCGUUGGCCAUGGACCAGGCUAGCUGGGGCUGAAUGGAGCUGGAGUUCAACAACAUCUGGAGAGCAACAGAUAGGCUACUCCCAAUUCAGAAGGAAACCUUUUUCAUUCCCAUAAAAACAUUUCUUUUUACAGGUUACAAAAUAUUUACUAAACACGUGCUAGUAUUACGAAUUAAGAAUGAUGCUAAGCAGUAUUAUUAUUCAUUGAGUGGCUGGGUUAAAGUAAGGAAUGAGAAAGACAGGCAUCUUGUAGGAAUCAAGCAGAACGAAAUUAUCCAUGGAUGACAUUGUUUGUUUUGAGUUUUGGCCAUCAAAUUCUAUAUGUGCAAAUGACUAUUGUGCUUCUUCUGUUUGUCUCACAUCAUAGCUUGUGGU